ACCUGCAGUGUCCGCAAAGGCAUCAGGUGAUCUACUGACUUAAAGCGUAGGUUGACGGGAGAAAACACAAAAUGACAGGCAAAAAUGUGAGGAAAUAAUCUGCUGGGGUUUAAAUAUGGAUGUAGGACAAGGCUAGUAGUUCGAGGAUGUGCUCAUUUUGUUCGUCCGUCUCGUGUCUUUUUAUGGAUUACUGUUACUAUCAUUAUUAUUAUCGUUAUUAUUAUUAUUAUUAGGCCACUUGGCGUAACCAUGGGGUUGUGUUAUAGUCUGCGUCCCCGGUUAUUCGGGGAUCUGAGCGGAACCAUUUCAAACGCCAAUUCAGACCCGGAGCAGCCACCCGAUCUUCUCAUUCCGUCGCGUCUUGGGGAAUCUCGGCUCGACGAGUCCGGAGGGAACAGCAAGGCAUCUCCAGCGCCAUCUCCAUUACGCGCCGAUCAGACGCACCAGUGGGAGCGCAGGCACGCUGGAGACGCCACCGCGGAUGGAGCUCUCAUCCAGAACGGAGGAGGAAAAGCCACAGGAACCGCGAAGGAUCGCAGCCGGAGACUAAACCUCCUUCCUACAUCCAGCCAGAAAGCAAAGAACUGGGACAAACUGGUGGUGGAGGAAAAGGAGGCCGAAAAGGAGGCGCGCAAAGUCAGUAAAAAUAUCGACCGCGUCUUGAAAGAACUCAAAAAGGAAUACAAGCAGACACACAGGCUGCUUUUAUUGGGAGCUGGAGAAUCAGGAAAAAGCACCAUCGUGAAACAGAUGAGAAUUCUUCACGUGAACGGUUUUAACGCAGAAGAAAAGAGACAGAAAAUCCAAGACAUCCGGAAGAACGUGAAGGAUGCUAUAGUGACGAUAGUGUCUGCCAUGAGCACUUUAAUACCGCCUGUCCCUCUCGCCAACCCGAAGGACCAGUUUAGGAUCGAUUACAUCAAAAGCAUAGCAGCGCUGUCGGAUUUUGACUACCCACAGGAGUUUUUUGACCAUGCCAAGAAACUUUGGGAUGACGAAGGAGUGAAAGCAUGCUACGAGAGGUCCAACGAGUACCAGCUCAUCGACUGUGCACAUUACUUCCUUGACCGAAUUGAUGCUGUAAGACAAAGUGACUACACGCCAACAGAUCAGGACUUGCUGCGCUGCAGAGUUCUGACAACAGGGAUUUUUGAAACACGAUUUCAAGUAGACAAAGUGAACUUUCAUAUGUUUGAUGUGGGAGGUCAAAGAGAUGAGAGGAGAAAAUGGAUCCAGUGCUUUAACGAUGUCACUGCGAUCAUCUUUGUGGUGGCGAGUAGCAGCUAUAACAUGGUCAUUAGAGAAGACAACAACACAAACAGACUACGAGAAGCACUCAACCUCUUUCACAGUAUCUGGAACAACAGGUGGUUACGGACCAUUUCUGUUAUUUUAUUCCUCAACAAGCAGGACAUGCUGGCAGAGAAAGUAUUAGCUGGGAAAUCCAAAAUCGAAGACUAUUUCCCAGAAUACGCUCGCUACACCAUACCAAAUGAAGGUUAUGUAUCGCGUUGGCGAUGCAAAUGUCUGCGACGCAAAUCCCGCCUUUUGUUGCCAACUCCAGAACCAGGAGAAGACCCAAGAGUGACAAGAGCCAAGUAUUUCAUUCGUGAUGAAUUCCUGAGGAUCAGCACAGCAAGCGGAGACGGUCGUCAUUACUGUUACCCUCAUUUUACUUGCGCCGUUGACACGGAAAAUAUCCGCCGGGUAUUUAACGACUGUCGGGACAUCAUCCAGAGAAUGCACCUGCGGCAGUAUGAACUCUUGUGAUCUGGUUCCCAAAAGCCAGAGCACUUUUUUCUUCUUUUAAAUAAAGAACCCACUCCUAAACAAGGCCAAAACCCAUGGAUUAUAUGUGUAACUUGUUUUUUGGCAGAUCCUGUUUAAUUGUUUAUUUUUUUUUUCCUUUAACCAUUGUUAAUCUGAAUGGGUGGUUUUUAAAAAAAAACAAAAACAAAAAAAAAAACUUUGUCAUUCCGCUAAACCUUUGCAUCUUUUUAUUUGUGUGUGCACGAGUUCACCAGAUUGACAGUUUAUCAACUAAACCUACCCUAUAGCCCCACCACCACCACCCCAAGCACCCUAUGAAGGCUUUAGACUGUGUCUGUAUCCCCCUGUACAUCAUAUUCAAAGCCCUAAAAAGCAGCAAUCGACUUAAUUUAACUACAACAAAAAAUCUAACACAUUUCCAUCUGCACAACGAAGCAUGCUGGUGGUAGCAUCAUUACUGUUGAUUGUCUAUUGUUUGAUUACUUGUGUUUUUCCUCAAAAGUUCACAAUAGCUUAUUUUCCAUCGCUUCUUGGUCUUGAUGAUGUGUUAGUGUCGAGUUAUAUAACUUCAUCUUUAUCUUUUGUUAAUUUUUGUUUUCUCUGGUUGUUGGAAAGGGGGGCACGGUGGCUUAGUGGUUAGCACGUUCACCUCACACCUCCAGGGUUGGGGGUUCGAUUCCCGCCUCCACCUUGUGUGUGUGGAGUUUGCAUGUUCUCCCCGUGCCUUGGGGGUUUCCUCCGGGUACUCCGGUUUCCUCCCCCGGGCCAAAGACAUGCAUGGUAGGUUGAUUGGCAUCUCUGGAAAAUUGUCCGUAGUGUGUGAUUGUGUGAGUGAAUGUGAGUGUGUGUGUGUGCCCUGCGAUGGGUUGGCACUCCGUCCAGGGUGUAUCCUGCCUUGAUGCCCGAUGACACCUGAGAUAGGCACAGGCUCCCCGUGACCCGAGGUAGUUCGGAUAAGCGGUAGAAGAUGAAUAAAUGAAUGAGUGGUUGUUGGAAAAAGGAAAACCUGUGAUGAGCGUUACACCAGCCUCUUUGUUAACCAGCUUGUUCCAUUACUGACCAGAUCAUCGUCGCAAGCAUCGUCGUUUGGUGAAUCUUUUCCAUUAAUGAAUGGGGGGGAAAAAAAUAGGGCAUUGUGAAUUGAAACUUAGUAAAUGUCCCUCGCGUCUUUGGUGCUUGGACCCCUUUUAUCAUAUAGAGAUGAGUGUGUACCUAUUUGGGAAAGGUAUUUAGCUCAUAAACUGUGGGUGUUUACACGUGCGCACACAAACACACACACACACACAAACACACACGUCCACCAGUUUUUGAAGAUAGCACCACGUAUCCCGUAUCGUGACCCCUGACCUCCUGGCCUCUUGGGCUCUCUGCUGCUCUUUGUCUCCGCUCUACUGAAGAUGUGAACACUGGGAAAAAGAAUAAAAGCGCCGCACUUUUUGCACCAGGUUUUAAUUGACCGUAUUGUCACAGGUGGAUACACUCAAUGUAGCAUUGAAAUGUCGGAGUUAGAGCAUUAUUACAGACUGAAGACGUUAAAGCAACCGCAGCCCCUUUGGUCUGUCCGUGCAUUUGAUUUCUGACCUUGUAUCACUUUGAAUGAAGUUACACAUACACACUCUGUUUCUUGACUUGUUCAGACAUUGCAAGCUGAUAUUUCUCUUGCACAGAUUAUAAAAAAAAAAAAGUUAUUUUAUACAACUUUACGGAAGGAGAGGUGGGGAAAAAAAUCUACUUGUAGAUCUUUGUGCCUUCAAUAUGGCUGUACCUGUAAACAAAGCUGAGAUAUAAGUAUGUGUGUUUUUUUAUUUUUAUUUUUUAUCAUCAUUAUUGUUGAGUUUUUUUGUUUUUUUUUUCGGACUGCACUGUACAGCUUGAUGUCACUCUGUCAGCAGGAGGGACUGCCGACGGGGACCUACUCUGUAAAUGUACUUUUUUUUUGUUGUUGUUUGUUUUCUUUGCUUGUUUUGUUUAUAUAAAAAUGCUGAUUAGUUUUAAAAAAAAAAAAAAAGGAAAAAAAAAAAAUCUACAAAUUCUGUAUACAUUAUGCAAAUUGAUUCCUCCACCCCUCAUUAGCAUAACAUAAAAAAAGCACCAUGCCUAAAAUCUAAAAACGGAAAUAUCAGUUGAUCAAAAGAUACAACCAGGUGUUGUUUUUCAUAGGGACCUUUUUUCAGUAUGAAGUAUGAAUGCAAUAUGUUUGUGUGUCUCUCUGUGUGUGUGUGUGUGUGUGUGUGUAAGAGUGCGCUGUUUGCACUCGCUUCUAAAUGUAUGUACAUGUAAAUUUAUAGGUCUAUAUAAAUAUAUAUGUACAUUGCUACAUGUUUAAUUAUGUGUGUUGACGUGUAUACAUGCCUUUCUGUGUAUACAGUGAAGAAGUGUACAUGCACACAUAGAUAAGCAUGUGUGGAGUGGAAACGAAUAAAUGAGAGUGCAAUACAGAAA